AUGGCGUCAGAACUGCAACAGCCACAAUGUUGUAAACGGAGGCAUCGAGGGUGGUCAGUACUCAUGCGAGCUUGUAAAGAUAGGCGCUCAAUCAAAAGUGUGUCUGCAGCCGGAUCGUUCCAGCUUCCUUCCUGGCUGUUUCUCAGGUACAACGUAAGCAACAAUAAUAUCCUACCCGCAAUUCGUCGUGUUCAUUUGGAACAGGAUAAUCCUCCGGACGAUAGAUUCGACCCGAGACGGGCUCAAUCUGGAGCACAACCCCCGCAGCCUACUCAACCCCCGCAACCUCCCCGGCCUCCCCCUCAAACUGAACGACCCUCUCCGCCCCAGCAGCCAACCGAGCCUCAACAGCCGGCACCGCCAAGUACACCUCCGGCAGGACCCACUCAGCAACCAACCCAACCCAAUAAUCCAGCUCAGCCACAGCAGCCAGAUACAGAGACAAUCAUCUCUACCAUCGCCGACAGCAGCAUUACCGUUAUCAUCACACGGAUAGUCGAGACGACUGCUUCGCGGGAUGCUUCCAACCCAGCUGAGACAAAUGAAUCUUCGAUCGUUUCCAAUUCCAAUCCUUCCACUAACACGCGCACACGCACCUCAACGCUUUCACCAGAACAACAGGACCCCAAUUCCCCACACUACGUCGUUCCCAACCCUAGUGACGAUCCAUUUGGCCUUAAUCCCACAAGCAAGCCAGGUGGUAACAAUGGACCUCCCGGUGGGUCUGGGGACGAUGCUUCUGGUGAUUCUCGCAAGUCGAACAACUUGGGAGCUAUCAUCGGAGGUAUUAUUGGUGGACUUUUCCUCCUCUUACUUAUCGCUGGACUCGUUUAUUUCUUCAUUCUUCGCCGCCGCAGGAAUCGAACUCCUCCAUCCACAGCCUAUAUGGCUCAGUAUGGCCAAGGAGACGGCGAGAGUAGAGUUACUUCGCCUUACCCUUUUGCUCAGGCUCAGCAACCUCAACCUUUCAUUCCGCCCCUCAUGAACAAUCGCAAUUCGAUCCCACAAAGUGUCGCCUCUGGUUCGGACGUUCGACCGGAAUCCCCCACGCUUCCUCCCAGGGUUUCAACUGAUGCUCGCUUGGUUGAUGUCAAGGAAUACGGAGACUACGAAUCAGUCGACGACCAUGCCUACUAUACGCGGCAGAGCUUCACGCGGGAAAGCAUUGGCGCUUCCUUGUCCGGGUUUUCAGGCAUCUCCAACGGGCGCUCUUCCGUCGCAGGGUCUUCUCUUGGUUAUCCGUACAGAGCUAGCCCUUCGCCCACACCCAUGGAGGCAAAGGUUGUCACGCUGCGCUAUGCUUCUGGCAGCCAAGUGGCCCUUUCCCCCACCAACCAAUCACCUUAACGGCAUGGAUACUGUCUUGUUUACACGUGUACUUUCGAUCCUGUUGUGUGUAUUGUACAAAUUGUACACCCAGCAUUGUAAACC